GAGGGAGAGCUUCCGGUGCGGGCCUCCUGCGGCGGGCGGUGGCGCGGCGGGCCUGCAGGGGGCUGACCUGGUGCAACAGCCUGAUGAGGUGGUAGGUACUGACACCUCUUGUCGCUUAAGAUGCCAUCACGAACGAAUUUAGCAGCUUCGGUCCCCAACAGCAAAGUGAAGUAUUCCAAGCUUGCUAGCACAGAUGAAGGCUAUAUUGACCUGCAGUUCAAGAAGAGCCCUCCCAAGAUCCCCUACAAGGCCAUUGCGCUGGCCACCGUGCUCUUCCUGAUCGGCACCCUCCUCAUCAUCAUCGGCGCCCUUCUCCUCGCUGGAUACAUCAGCCAAGGAGGCACAGAUCGCGCCAUCCCUGUCUUGAUCAUCGGAAUCCUGGUUUUCCUGCCAGGCUUCUACCACUUGCGCAUUGCUUACUUUGCUUCCAAAGGCUACAGGGGCUAUUCCUAUGACGACAUCCCUGAUUUCGAUGACUAGUGGGCUGAAGACGUGGAUCCCCCCUGAGGCGCCCCGCACAGUGGGGGCUUGGCCACCCCGGGAGCGCAGGCCAGGCCGCGACCCCGAGCAUUGGGCAGCCCCGGGAGGGAUGAGGCCACUCGCCGCCAGCGGGGCCUGCAGGGUUUCUCUCUCUCUUCCUCUGGCUAAUCAGAGACUGCUGCCGCAUCAGGUGAGGCAGAUCGGGUGAGCGACUUUAGGAGAGACACUUCUCCUUUCAGAAGGGAAGUUUUCUGCCCAUCAUGCGCCAGCUUGCGUAAGAAAAAGAAAGUCCCAUUUUAAAACCUCUUGACUUUUUCCGUUUUCACCCACAAGGUAGAUGUUUGGAAGAAGUGACGAAUGAUUUUAAAAAAAUCAGGCAAAUGGCCAAAGGUCUAACAAUUUAACGUACUGGGCCAUUGGCUGGAAGUUAUGAAAAACUAGGCUGGCUUGUAAUGCCUUCUGCAACAGAAAUGUAAGGAGGACUGUUUCCGAUUCUCCCCAAAACUUCGUUUUCACACAGAAGGUGGGAUGUUAAGACUUAAGUUUCUGUAAGGAGAGCAGAUCUUCCGCAGUUGUGGAGCCUGCAAGCGCUGUGGUUGCAGCUCGGCACUCAGCGGCCCGAUCCGGGUCCAGCAGAAGGCGAUGCAGCAUGAGUGUGCAUCAUGUCCUGCGAACUGGCUCAGGGCCAAUCCCACCAACUAUCACACGUGGAACGUUGACAACACCGAAGCGCUUGGGCAUCCACAAAAUGCCAUCCCUGUCAACUCAGCCCAGUUCAUGCGGACACACAACUGUCCGCUCCCCAUCUCCCAAGCAAGGAAGCCCACAGCAUUAGAAGCAAAAGGCGAAGGUCUCACCGGGUCACUGUCCUCUUCCCUGUAAAACAAAACAGGAGAAGCAACAUCCAUAUACCUGCAUCCCACAGCCAAAGAGAAGUCAGUGGGUGGGUGAUCCAAAGCCUACUGAAGGGGCAACGCGUCCUUCUGGCUCACCUGAAACAGGCCAGAUCAGGUUCGGCUCCUGCUGAAGGCCUCUUCCAAAGGUGAGAGUGCAGGCCAGUUCGUGCUCACCGGCGGCCUGGCGAAGGUUUAGCAGUGUUUUCCGCGUCUCGCAGACCAGUCUCAAGGAGGCCCCCCCACCCAGGCUGUGUGGACGCCGUGGCGCCUCCCCGAACGUCGACCUCGCCUGCCCCAGCCCGGUGCCCUCGGAGGUGUUGGGCUGAAGCUUCCAGCAUUUCCAGCUGUCCUGGGGGCGAAAUCCUGGGAUUGGCAGCUCAGCACAUCUGGAGGGCAUCAGCUCAGGGAGGGUCGACACACAGGCGAUUUCUCCACCCACGAGAGCUGUGUUUAAGCUACAUUCAUUUCUGAAUCACAGGCUACAUUUACUUCUGUAAAUGGGCAUAAAUAUGCAAAGAGAAAUUAAUCUGCCAUUGCAGGACGUGUAUUUAAUGUGAAUAAAGAGCAUAUGCUAGUCUGUU